AUGGCAGGCACGGCAAAACCGCCUUCUUCACCCACACAGGGGGACCAGCAGCCCGCCCCUGCCGGCGGAAGGAAGCGACCAGCAGUCGAUGAGGACGCCGAACGACCAUUGACCCUCACCACACUCCUGGCCGCUCUCAAGGAGAACCGUGAGGAGAUUGUGGCACAAGUUCGAGAAGACAUGGACACCAUCAACAACCGCAUGUCCACCGUGGAGCUGACAGUUGAAACACAUGUCAACAACACCACCAAGCUCCUUGAGGCAAUGACCGACCGACACUGCGUUAUGGAACAAAGUGUUCGCAAGGUGGACGAAAGGCAGCAAUCCGUGCUACAGCGCCUCGAGCUCCUGGAGGGGAAGUUCGCCAAAGCCAACUUUUCUAUGUCGAGUACACGGACUUCCGAAAACGAAGGGGGAAACCCCCGACCAGCACUGGUGGUCGGGGGAUGGGAUGCCGACCAGCACCACGAGGAGACAUUAAGCCUCGUCAAAAAGCACCUGACCGAGCUCAACAUCAACCUGGACCUCAGCCAAGCCUUCGUCCCCGGACUGCGACGGGGGUUCGCCCUCGUCCCACUCAUCAAACUGGAGGGGGAAACAGAGGAGGAGCAACGAGCCCGCGUCCAAGAAGCACUUCGUACCAUUCGGGCAGCCAAAGUGGUAACUGGCCAACGACCUGAAGGGGGACAGCGCUAUUUUUUCGCAGCCAUGAGCCAGAGCCCCGAGCGUCGCAAACGUGCACAACUCGCUGGAAAGGUCAAGAGACUCAUCAUCGAAGAAGGUGGGGACGUACGUCAUAUUGACGUCGAGUAUGGCACAGCGAACCUCUGGUACAAUAGCAUCAAAGUCGCCUCGGGGGUUACCUCGGCACCCGAAGGCGCCUCCAUCGAGAAGUCCGGAUGGGUUCACCUUGGCUCGCUGGCCCGGCAGAUCGGGAUCUCCGAGGAGACGGCCGUGCAGAAAUGGGGAGAGCUCCGCAAAGCUCUCCAUUGGAAUGUGGGGGGACUUUCAGCGGCUAAAGCACUUGAAGUCAUCCUCGCACUUCGGCGACAACGAAUUCGACCCUUUUGUGGCACCCUGGUCGUGUUCAUCCAAGAGAUCAUAUGCGACCCGGGGAAACAACACCUUUCCUUGGGAGAGUUGCAAGCUAUCUUUGGCAAAAAGGCCGAAGAGUGGCGGGGGAAUGCCAUACUGCAUACCUCCAACUUGCGACACAGCCAGGGGAAGCUUUUACCUUGCUCGAUUUCUUGCACUUUGACUUCCGAUGAACUUCGCUUGGGAGCUUUCUCGGUCCACAUUCCACACCAUGCCACCCUAUCCACUACAGAGCAAAUCCUACAGCAACUGUACCCACACCUACAAAGCCACCAUAGAGCCAUCGUCGGGAUCGAUGCCAACGAGACCUUUGAGACAGCACAACAACGACGGCAGACGAAGGCAUGCACAGCACGCGGAGAGAUGCUGCUGGAAUGGUUCGAAGAGGCAGAGUGCCACUUGCCACAGCAAGCCCUUGAGCAACCUAGCCAUUUUCCAUACAACACUACGAUGGAACCACGCCGCCUGGACUACAUCUUCGUCAAGAAGCUACUCUGUGACCCCGGGGAAAUCCUGGCCCAAAGAGAUAUCGCCACGUCCGACCAUGAACCUGUGUCCGUGCCCUUAACAAAGAUCCGCGCCAAGAACAUAGAGGGGGACCAACGUGCAGCACCUUGGUCAUCCCGCAUACUCAAGGCGGGGAACGAGGUCGAUGCCAUCCUCGACCGCGACCUCAAUGUUGGGGGGGACCCUGUGAUGCAAAUACAGCAGGUCGCCGUGGCCAUCAGCAAACCUGGCAAAAAUAAACAACCCUUUGAAGAAUCCGCAGCUCUUCGAGAAAUGCGACGACAAGCACUACAAGCACCACCCGGAGAAGAUCGAAGACGCCUUUGGAAAUUGGCCAGAAGAGUGCACAAACAAGAACACCGACGGUGGCAACAACUGGCCAUGCAAAAAGUGGCAGAAUUGGAUUGGGGGAUGAAAAAAGCCCUUACAGAACAAAGCCGUGAUCACACGUGGGAACUCUACCUCACUGACGAUGACAACUGGAAGAAGGCACUCCAGGACCACUUCGAGAAGAUCUUCUACAAACAAAAACAGGUCAUCGUUACAGCCACCAUCCGGGGGAUCAUGCACCAGCUCGAAAUCAGGUGCAAACAUACACCGUGGAAACCUUUCACGAUGGAGGAGCUCAUGGCCGUGAAAGUCAAGUGGCGAAAUGGCAAGUCGUGCGGCCCUGAUAUGGUGUCACACGAAGCCUUGAAGGCUAUGCUGCCCCACCCCAGGUGGGGGAACCGUCUUUUAGAACUCUUCAACGACAUGCUGUACACCUGCCGCAUCGUCGCGAGUGUCGAGGCUGGAGUCACAAUACUGUUGGCAAAAACAAGCCAACCAAAAGACUGGAGCGAAACACGUCCCAUAACGCUCAGCUCAGUCUUACUCAAGACUUUUGGACAACUCAUCCUACAAAGAUCGGGGGAUGCCAUCCAAACCCCGGCGAGGCUACAGUGGUGCAGGCGGGGGAGACAGGGGGUCGAAUUGAUCCUCAUUCUCCGAAGAUUGGCACGCAUUGCUCGCGACUGGGGCCUGGAGUUCUACAUCGCCAAAUUAGACAUCCGCAAGGCCUUCGACUCCAUUUACCAAGAAAGCCUCGCAGCCCACGUCUACCAGACCAUCGGGGAAAAAGCCCGACUCCCCUGGGAGGCCCGUGCAUGGGUAGCAUUGCUCCACGCCGAGAAUAUUUGCAUACAAGUGGCCGGGGAAAACAUCCCCAUUCGACAAAGCAAUGGCGUUCGUCAAGGUGCACCUGAAAGUCCAGUUGCCUUCGGCUCCGUGGUGGCGGACGACCUCGACGCAGCCAUCCAAGAAGCAAGAACCAGCAAGCCAUCGGACGACACCUCACCCCCCGAGGACGGGGGAAGCUACAUGGACGACAACUAUAUCUGGUCGACGAACCGCCAGCACUUCCAGCAUCUACUCUCCUGCUUGGGUCACCGACUACCCCGACGUGGACUUUACCUGCACCCCGGGAAAACCGACAUCAUCUCCAACUCCGACAAGCAGGUGACCUUCAAGGUUGCGGGGGAGAAUGUCACGACGAAGGGGCCCAAACAUAUCUUUCACGGGGGACCGCCAUGCUACUGGCUGAAGCACAGAGCAGAGCCCGCAAGGCCUUUUGGGGGUGAGGUCGUGACUCAGAUGUGUAAUAUGCUUGCGGCGGAGUAUCGGCGGCUCCAGACGGCAGGGGACAAAGCGCGCCUUCGUGCUUGGAAGGACAGGAUGCAAUCUUCUAUUCGUCAAUCACACAAGUGGGUGAAGGAUGAGUGCAAGCGGAGUUCCAUGCUGAUGCGUACUAGUGAGGGGAGUUUCACGGUUGACCGCAAUGAGCAGCUGGACCACAUGCUCACGGCAUGGAAACCUAUCUUUGAGAAGUUUCAUUCUAGACCUGCGGAUUGUGAUCGGUUCAUAGAACAGUUUGGCCCAUACAUGCGGAGCGCGCGUAUGGAUCUGGAACCUUUAUCUGGUCCUUUUCUGGCGGAGGUAGCUCGUGAAACUGCGUCUUCGGCGCCGAGCUUGGACAUGUGGAAACCUGGGUCACUGGCUGCUUUGGGGCAUUGGGCACCAGGCAUUUACGAUGACUUAGCGUUGAUACUGGACUUUGUUGAAACCACCAGCCGAUGGCCUCGAGCCAUACUUCGUGCCUACACUGCACUAAUCCCUAAAGACUCUACUGUCGCAGAUCCUGCUCCAACGGAGUUUCGCCCGAUAACGGUGUUAUCAGGAAUCUACCGAUUGUGGUCGAAGGCCCGCUUCGUGACCGCGAUGAAGUGGCAGGAGUGCUGGGUAGAUGAUUCGGUGUUCGGUUGCAGGCGAAAGCGUAGCUCCGAGCAAUUGGCGAUGCAGGUUGCCCUUGACCUGGAAGCUUCGGCCUAUGGUGGGCCACCGUGCGUUGGUGGAGUGUCUUAUGAUUUUAAAAAAGCCUUUGAUCUGGUGCCGAUUAACAUUAUGCUGGCUACGAUGCGGCGGCGUGGAGCCGCGGAGCGUUUGCUGAGACCACUCGCUUCUAUGUAUGAUGGGCUUUGGCGGGUGUUCAGGCUGCGAGGUGCAUUGGGAGAAUGGUGGCGUCCGGACGGUGGUAUCAUACAGGGAGAUGCACUCUCAAUGAUAGCUUUGAACAGCAUCGUUUCAUGCGUCUUGGAGGCCUCUAAGGUUGAACUGGGAGCGAACGUCAAGCCGAGAUCAUACGCAGAUGAUAUUAGUGUGGUGGCGCAAGCUGAUACAGUGGAGGGGGUAAGUCAUGGAUUACGGGGCUUUCACGCGAUCAUCAGGGCUUAUGAGCAAGCGGAGUGCGGAGAAGUACACGAGCGCAAAACCUACACAUUCGGAGAUGCUGGGAUUGAGGCUGCUUUUGAACCGGCAUAUUCGCAUUUAUCCGAAUUCCGACUGGUGGGCGGGUCCAUUGUGGUGCGGGAUGCCGCUUUGAAUGUCACGAUGCUGGAACAGAAGCGCUGGGACGCUUGGAAGGGUAGCAUCAGGAGGAUACGCCAUGUACCUCGCUCAUGGGCGGAUCGUUCGCGGAUGAUGAUGGCCACGCAGUCGCAAGCGCUUUUUGGGCAGGGGACGCACGCUAUCGCUGCGGAUGUUACUUAUCUGCGUACGGUGCGCACAGAGGUUAUGCGAUCCUUAUGGGGAUGCGAGUUUUACUCUAUGAGCCCUCUUGUCACGAUGGCGAUUUUGUGUCCAGUCCAGCUUGAUCCUGAGUUUGGGGCGGCUUACGAAGGACUGCGCACUGUUAUGCGGAUUAUGCGAGUACCGGACAUAGCGGCGGAAAUCCGCAGGAGGUACCACUGUACUCCUUCGGCGGUGGUGGAUGGUCCUACGCUACGGUUGCAAAACCUUCGUGAUGUGUCCAUCUUGUCAACCAGGGUCAAUGAAUUGAUGGCGGGUGAGAUCGAUGAAGGGUUGUGGUUACAUCAACUACGAGAUGAGUGGCGAGCCUACUUGUGGCGGAAGGUGAGCCAGGAAAGAUCUCAACAUUAUGCGGGUGCUGGGAGGGUGGAUCGUGUGCGUACACUACUUUACCACCGGAAACUGGAGGAACGCGCGCGACAAGGCGAUGAGGAUGCAUGGGCUAAACUUGGAGUUUUGCGUCGUAUCAUUGCAGGAGGCUUGAUGACGCCAGAGCGGGCGUCGCGGCACAAACGACAGGAUUCCAAUCGUAUGUGCUCUUGCGGUGCGGAGGAGGAGACCAUCAUGCACGUUUCAUGGCGAUGUGCCUUAUAUGCGGAGGAACGAGCACACGUGUUGGAGUCUCUGGGGUGCAGGAUUGAGGAUUUGUCAAUAUGCUUUACGUAUGCGAUGGUGGUACCAGAGGACUUUUACUUGAACGAUGACGUGGUACUCGUAGUUCAAGAAUUCCUUGUUGACGUCUGGCAGAAGCAUAUUGUCAGGUGGCAUGCGGGGGGGGACUUGGAGGACAAGAGACGUAACUUUCCUACGCGGGAGAUUACUGAACGAGGUAUUGUGGAGAAUGGGCAUUUGCUGGCACCGCGUACUGAGGGCGGCUUUUGGUGCCGUUUAUGUGGGAAGUUUACCUCCAAUACUCAGCAUGUUCGACUCAAGAUUACGAGCAAACCGUGCACACAACGAGGUGGCCCUGUUUUGGCGUCUGAAGGUUUUCUGUCCAACGACAACCGGCUCGACCAACUGGAGCGGGAACUCAACAUGAAAUAUAAUCGAGCCAAACAUCUGCUUCACUGGAACCGCAAACUUGGCAAGAAUAUAGGCGCACCGGAUGAGGGAUGGCUUCAAUGUUUGAGGUGUGGGAGAAAGUGGCGCUGGAAGGACCGCACCUCUAACCUACCACGUACUCUAUGUUCUAUGUGGCGUGCUGCCAAAGCAAAGUUUCGUAUCACCAAGAAGACAGCUUUAUCCAAGUUACCGCGAACGCGGUACUUUUCUGAACGUGCUGAUGCCAAUUUAUCUUUUGAUGAUGUUCCACAUCUGGAUCCCCCGCGGGCUAUGCAGCUCGUUCAAAACACCAACCUUUUGGACCCACAGGGAUUCCUUCACUUCGGCAGCUACCAUCCGGCAGAAAUUGCAAAUCCACGUCGUGCUGGUCAGACAAAGUGCCCUUUGGGCAUGCCAGACAUGGAGUGGGCGACCUGGAACAAGCGAAGUCUUCGACGAAGUCGCCUCGCUCUCUACCACUGCGGGGGAACCCGCUGGUCCACUUUUGUGCUCUCCCAGAUCUGCACCGCCAUUGGACAUGUUAGCCGUGGCGACCCUGUCGGGGGGAAAAUCCUCCAGUGGCACAGCCUUCAGUGGUGGCAAGAGCAAAAAGACAUCGGGCGACCAUUGCAACAUGCAGCCCGCUUCAAUGCCUACAUGGACAUAGACCGACAACUCAGCGACACAAUCGGCAAGAAUUGGUUCGCAAUCGCACAGGACCGGGACACAUGGGGGGAGUGGGAAGCUACCUUCAUUGCGAAAUAUGAUGUCCCAUGGAGCAGUGGCAAACAAAGCAGCAUUUCGAACCUUGCACCGGGGGACCAACAGGCCUCCGACAAAGCUUUCCUAGAAAGCUUGGAAGACAGGGGGAACAUGAUAACACACUUGGCAGAAUGCGCCCUGGCCGACUUACUUGUCGAUGAUCAGACCGAAUCGGAGGUGCUUCGCCAACUUGAGCUGGAACAUCCCUCUGUUCCGAGUGACGCGGGGGAGCCCGACCCAAAGCGCGCUCGAACAGGAGCAACAACAGCAUCCUCAACCCAGCAAGCCCUGCAGCGCAUACUUACAAAAGCCUGGAAACACCUGAGUGCAGCGAGCAACCACAACCCAGUCUCAUAUCAUGACAUUCAGCACGACAUUGACAUCUUACUCACAUGGCUAAAUAGCCACCUGCAUGCCAUGGCCACGGCACGAGGCGGCCACCUCCAGCAAUGGGGGAGCGACGAAGCUGACUUGAACUACGACAGGGGCAUGUUCAAUACGGGGAAUGUCCUCGGCCAACUCGGCACAGCCCUUCAGGGGAUCCAAAUGGAACCUCAACAACGUGAACAUUGGCUGUUGCUCGCAGAUGUCAGCCACUACUUAGCAGCAGUUGAGCGGGGCGACCCUGUUGGCCACCCAGCUGAUGUCAUUGCGGACAGCUACAGGAGUGGCCGGGUGGAGAACUCAAUACUAUCCACCGCGCACUCUUGCAAACCCUUGAAAUGGUGGAAGAAGCACUACACCCUGGACUACCAGUACUUCCGGGAGCCCUUGAAGUGCACGAUCCUGCCGGGGGACAUGAACUAUAUCCUGGACACCUUGCACUCCCGGGAGCUGCUGAAGUGCACGAUUCUCCCGGGGGACAUGAGGAAGCUUUGGGCGAAAUGCACCCCGCCCGAGACAGGGGGAUGCCCUCCUCCUCUGCUCAUGUGGACUGGUGGCUCCAUGACCGGCACCAUGGCCUUGGAAAUGCUCCCGGGGGAACCACUCGAGAAGAACGGAGUCCAACAGAAGACGUACCAAGUGGGAGUGAAGAAAGUCCCGCUGAACAUCGGCGCCGCCGCCUACAUGGAGCCUACUAUGAUCGUCAUGGCCCCAUCUGAGAGCCUCUGA